GGUUAUUGCUGCCUGUGGCUGUUGUUGUUGCUGUUGCUUGUUGGUCCUUCUGUAUUCUGUACUCGACCGAUUAACCAUCGCUCGUAAUUAUUCUGAACGAAGCGCAGAGCCAGCCGCUCUCGCUCCCUUCCUUCCAUCAUUCGAAAAUCGCGUUCCCGAUAUCAGAUCGACGGGCCAACGAUUUUACGACAGGCAGUCAUCUGACAAACAUCUGAGAUCAUCAGGCGGAAAUUAAUUACGUCGUCGAAAGCAUUCUAGCUGAUUACUUACGUCAAGUAUUCUGUUUACUCUAACAGCCAUCUGCUUGCUCUAUUGUGAGCGACGAUAAGGAAAAGUGGGACAAUAGAUACACAAGACGUAUCGAUAAAAUGUAAUUGCAGCGUUGACCUUUGGAUGCAGAAAGUGGUUAUGCAAUCGACCAGCGGCGAGAGAGUUUAUAUAUUAGGGAAGCAGAGCAUUGUUGUAACGCAAACUAACCACGAUGCUGGCGACGAUCGCGACGUUGUUGGCUGCGCUCGCGUUGUUGGCAGCGGGCCAAAACACCAACAAAAAUCCUCACUUCGCCCCUGGCCACGACUCCAUCGUGCACCUCUUCGAGUGGAAAUGGAACGACAUUGCCAGGGAGUGCGAACAAUUCCUUGGACCAAUGGGAUACGGUGGAGUACAGGUAUCGCCGUUGCAAGAGAACUUGGUGAUCAACAACAGGCCAUGGUGGGAACGUUACCAGCCAAUCUCCUACUUGUGGACCACGCGAUCCGGCACGAAAGAGGAGUUCGUCAACAUGGUGGCUAGAUGCAACAAAGCCGGUGUCCGAAUUUACGUGGACACUAUCCUGAAUCACAUGUCCGGUAACUGGGACAACGCUCAUGGCACUGGAAACUCCAGGGCGGACACGAACAAAUUCGAGUACUAUCAGGUGCCCUACCACGCGCAACAUUUUCACAAAUCCUGCUCGGUCAACAAUUACAACGAUCCGUCGAACGUACGAAACUGCGAACUAACCGGCCUUCACGACUUGGAUCAGAGCCAAGAGUACGUGAGGUCCAAGCUGCUGGAUUUCUUGAACGCGGCUGUCGACGCGGGCGUUGCUGGCUUCCGAAUCGACGCUGCGAAACACAUGUGGCCAAGCGACUUGAACGUCAUUUACUCGAGAAUAAAGAACCUGAACCCGAAACACGGUUUCCCAGCGAACGCUCGGCCGUACAUAUACCAAGAAGUGAUCGACUACGGCAACGAGGCGAUCUCCAAACGCGAGUACAAUCAGCUGGCCGCCGUGAUCGAGUUCAAGUACGCUGCUGAGAUCUCCAAGGCUUUCCGAGGUAACAACAAUCUGAAAUGGCUCGUCAACUGGGGAGAGAAGUGGGGCCUUCUACCUUCGCAAGACGCUCUCGUUUUCGUCGACAAUCACGACACGCAACGCGACAAUCCUCAAGUACUCACUUACAAGUUGCCGAAAAUGUACAAGAUGGCCGUCGCCUUCAUGUUGGCCCACCCGUUCGGCACUCCGCGCGUAAUGAGUUCCUUCGACUUCCAAAGCAAGGACCAAGGACCUCCUCAAGAUGGCAAGGGCAAUCUCGUGUCUCCGGUUAUCAAUCCGGACGGCACUUGCAGCAACGGUUGGAUCUGCGAACACCGCUGGAGACAGAUUUACAACAUGGCUCGCUUCCGCAACGUGGUUAAUGGAACGAACGUCAACGGUUGGUGGGACAACGGCAGCAACCAGAUCGCGUUCUGCCGCGGGAAUUCUGGAUUCGUUGCGUUCAACGGCGACCAGAACGAUCUGAGAACAACGCUGAAGACCUGCCUGCCCGCUGGUGCGUACUGCGACGUGAUUUCUGGCAAUUUGAAGAACGGACGAUGCACCGGGAAAGUGGUGAACGUGCAGCGGAAUGGCGACGCGUACAUCGAGAUCUUGAAAAGAGAGGAAGACGGAGUUCUCGCAAUUCACGUCGGGCUUCGACAAUCUUCCUGCGAGACACUCCCUUAUUCUCAAAUUUUAGUAAAUAAAGUCUUCUUCGUAGAUAAGGUUCCUUCCUCGCGUGAUUUCGGGUCUGGCGAAAACAAUUUGGCCAAGCACACACAUACUUUUCAACAAGGUUUAUUUUAACAGAAACAAUGUUCUUGUUCUCUUUUCCACCAUUAAUUUCUACUAUACAUAAUAUGACAGUUGUUAAUCGGUAG